GACUGUGAAGCCAAGACGACGCCUCAUGUGCUCGGGCAUCGUGCUACGUGCUGACUAGGCCCGGGCUCUGACCCACUAUGGUUUGGCCGGUUACACUUGACAUGCUGCAUCAUCAACCGCUGAGUUAUAUCGUCCCGUGUUCUUGUCCACAAAAAACGUCCAGAGCUCCGUGCCUGGAGGCCCUUUUUUUUCACAUGUAUAAAGUGAAUUGUGUCGCAGAUGAUGAAGACUCAUUCCUCUCUUGAAUUACUUUCAUUUCACCAAAGGAACAACUUGAUCCAAAAAUUUAAAAUGGCCCUGAUGAAAACUCUAAUUAUCUUUUCGUUCGUCGCUUUUUGCAGCGCUGACAUAUCGCUCUACCUCCCGGAUUUCGACUCGGAGCCCUUCAGCGUUAACGUCCUGGGCGUCGGUUCAGAUGGCCAGACGACGUACGAAGUAUUCCCUGCGGAGCCCACGGGGACCUCGAUUGGUCAAACCUCGGCGUUUGUGGACACAGCGAUAGCCACUCUGGUGGAAGGCCCUAGCAGUUUUGUUCUCAAUUACGAUUAUCCGCAAGUGUCGGUUAUAGAGUCGUGCAAUAUAGCAAACGGCUUGGAGUCGUGCAAGAUAAACAUGAUGGCCACCACUAUAACUUAUGUCCAAAUCGCCACGCCCAUGUUGGUUGAGGGCGGCGGUAGCGCUAGCCCUAUGUUUACGGGACCUAUGUUCACCGGAGGUACUACGAUGUACUACACGAACGGUAUUCCAGUUACAAGCACGGUCAGUGCCAGUGCCAGUAUGUCAGCUCCUACCGCAUCUCCGACUGCUAGCGGUGCUGUUCCCGGUUCAGGAAGCUCUGCUGGGUCUGCGCAGACAUCUGCCAGUUCACCAGCUCCUACGCAAACGAAUGGCAGUACGAUGAUGACUCUGCCCAGAUCUAUUUUGAUGGGUGUCAUCGGUGUUGUCGGCAUUUCUCUGGGUUUCAUAUAAGAUUACUGGAUUUGGACGAGGCAUAUUUUGGGUUUUACGGACUGAUUUGGGUAUGGUGUUUUGAGUACAGUUCGUGUUUGCCUACUACAUCAUAUAGUACUAAAAUGUGUAUCGAUCUAGUUGGAAAAAAACAGCAAUGGAAGCUGGUGCAAU